AUGUUCUUUCUACUGGUGGGGUUUUGGGAGGCCGAUGCCCGGUCAGUGACGGGAGAGGAGGGACACUCGGUCACAAUACAAUGCUCCCAUUCCAAUGCCUUCUCCAACGUCAAGUAUUUUUGCAAAGCUCCGUGCAGUAGUGAAGACGUCCUGAUAAAAAGCACAGGGUCGGACCAACACUCCCACAAGAAAUACAAAAUAAAAGAUGGAGGGAACGUUUUCAAUGUGACGAUUUCUGCUCUGGACAUGGACGACUCUGGAGAUUACUGGUGUGGGAUAGAAAGAGUUGGCGUUGACACAUACAGCAAAAUAACGCUCACAGUGGUGAGAGGGAGAUCGGUGUACAUUGGAGCGGGGCUUGGAAAGGAGAAAGGCCCAGUCCAUCAAACACUAUCCCAGGAUAGCUCCGUUCAGCACCGAAACCACACCGAGGCUCAGCCAGGAAUAGUUGACUCCACCAUCACAUCUGAGCCUUCCUCUGGGCCAGGAGACGUCUUCUACUCAACCAUCAGCUUCAUUAACGGCUCAGACUCUGCCGCCGUCCCAGCUCAAGCAAAAACAGCCACGUAUUCCGCUCUGAGGCACACGUCCACCGUCUACAGCAACCUCUGA